AUGAGUAACAUUCAUACCUUAGCAGAUUAUAGAGACGAGUACUCCGAAAACCUACCACUAAAUAGAACACCAGGGUACUAUGAAUCCCAGAGUAGUUUCGUACAAAGAUCAAAACCGAUUGAUGUGGUUAAUUUAAUUUUUCCACACUUUACCUGGAAAAGUUUUAUCAUGGUUGUGUCAAUUACUCAAAUCAUCGUUUUUAUUAUAUCAAUUAGUAUUAAACCUUCGGAUUUUUUAACACCUUCUGACGAUUUAUUAAUAACACUAGGAGCAAAUGUUGCUUCAAGAAUAAAGAGAGGAGAAAUUCACAGAUUGAUAUUACCAAUAUUUUUACAUGCAAAUAUAUUUCACACAUUUUUUAAUGUCUUUUUCCAAUUAAGGAUGGGUUUUACACUUGAGAAAAAUUACGGUAUCUUAAAAGUUGCAAUACUAUAUUUUGUAACAGGUAUAUAUGGAAACAUUUUAUCAUCAGCUGUUACCUACUGUCCAAUAAAAGUUGGUGCUAGUACUUCAGGCAUGGGAUUACUUGGUAUAGUUACCUCCGAGUUGGUAUUAUUAUGGCAUAUCAUUAGACAUAGAGAAAGGGUAGUAUUUAAUAUAAUAUUUUUUUCGUUAAUUUCUUUUUUUUAUUAUUUUACAUUUAACGGAUCGAACAUUGACCACAUUGGCCAUUUGGGAGGCUUACUCUCGGGUUUAUCAAUCGGUAUACUAUACAAUGACCAAAUGGAAAAUAAGCCCUCCUGGUACAACCAUAUGAAAAAUGCAUCAUAUGCUACAUUGGUACUGCUAGCACUUGUUCCACCAGUUAUUUUACUUACCGUUCCGCGCACCUGUUAA